AUGGCCAGAGGACCAGAGAAAUGUUUGUCUUUGAUUGGAUUCAGUCUCGUCUGUCUUAAAAUGGUUGUUUCAGCGAAAACAGCUCCUGAAAUACCUACUAUUGAUCAGGCAUAUUCAAAAAUCAGCAACAGUAUUACUGUAGAAUGGGCUACAGUGCCGGGAGCCAGCAGUUAUUUGCUCACAGCUGAAGAUGGGGACACAGUCAUUGAAACCAUGGUGGCCAAUUCCCCAGGCACUGUGACGGGACUGAAGGCUGCGACCUUAUACCAAAUCACCAUCAGAUCCAUCGGUGCUGCCGGGAGAAGCCAGGCAUCUCCUCCCAAGCAGGCAAAAACAGUGUUGGCAGCGCCAAUUCUAGAAGUAAGCUCUCCAAGUCCAGACUCCAUCCUUGUGCAGUGGGAAGCUGUAUACAUGGCCAUUGGCUUUUCCGUGUCCAUUAUGCAAGCCAAUGGCUUGGGUCGAAUCUGGAAAGAGAAUACCACAAACACUUCCUUGACCUUCAGCAGUUUAGACUCCGGGACUCUCUACACCAUAAAGGCUUUUGCAUGGAAUGCCAAUGGAAUCCCAGGGGAUGACUCCACCUGCAAUCAGAGAACAAGUCCUCACGCCCCUGCCAACAUUCAAGUCUCUUUUGACAGUGGGGCUCUGAAGGCAUCUGUAUCAUGGACACCGACAGAAGGAGCUUUCAACUAUACGGUGAUGGCGUUGAGUGACUCUUCUGGGCUUAGCUGCAGCACAAGUGUCAGUUCCUGCAGCAUCUCUUCCCUCCAGUGUGGAACUCAAUACCUAAUUUCUGUUUUAGCAAGUAAUGAUGCCGGAUCUAGCAGGUCCUCUUCAACGAUAAACCUAAAGACUGUUGCUUGUGCACCUGGAAGAGUGACAAUCAAAGAAGAUUCUCCCGGCCAUCUGUCUGUGGCUUGGUCCAAUGUUGAUCUGGGUGAUUACUAUGUGGCUUUUGUCAAGAGUGACGAUGGCUUGGAAGUACACUGCAAUACCUCCCUCACUCAAUGCAAUUUCUUAUCGGAGUGUGGUUUCACUUAUUUUAUUAGUGUUUUUGCCUAUAACAAGGCAGGACAAAGUCCUUUAGGUGAUGUAUUCAACUAUACCACAGCUCCCUGUUGUCCUAGCGACAUUAACCCCGUGUUGGUGUCUAGUGACAGAGUGGAGAUCAUCUGGUCUCCUGUCCGUGGUGCCGAACUCUAUGAAACCAAGGCUGUAGCUGGGUACACAGUGGUGGAGUGCAACGACACUGCUCCUGCUUGCACCCUCUCGGCUCUGGAGUGUGACACCAAGUACAAUGUCACAGUGUAUUCAUUCAGCGAGGUCCGGGGCAGCAACAUGUCAUGCACUUCCCGCCUUAUCACUACAGCUCCUUGCAGUCCUGAGAUAAAAAAUAUUUCAAAGGAUGCAUUCUCCACCAUCAGUGUGCGCUGGCGAGCCACUAAUGAUGAUGCCACUUACACAGUGACUGCCCAGGGAGAGAAGGGGCUAUAUUGGUGCAGCAGCAAGGGAGAGGCCUGUACCAUGGGGGGCCUGCCCUGUGGCUCAGUGUUCUCUGUCACUGCUGUGGCUGAAACAGAGGUAGGACGGAGCCUGCCCAGCUACAGUGUGCCCCUGGAAACAGUGCCAUGCUGUCCAGCUGGUCUGACAAUAACUCAGGUCACCCAGUCAGUAAUCAAUGUGAGCUGGAGUUUUGAGACAGUGGCCCAAACCUACGUGACAGUUCUGGAGUCACACACUGGACAGUCUAAGUGUCACACCCAUCAGAAUCACUGCCUCCUGGGAUGUAUCACAUGUGGCAUCAACUACACACUGGCAUUAAAAGCAAUUAGUGCCUCUGGGUUGACUUCAGACUGUACCUAUCAAAGUUACUUCUCUAGUGCCUGCUGCCCCUUGGGGGUGAAAUUAUAUAGGUUGGGCCCAAAUGGCAUUCGGAUCUACUGGCAAGUCUCCAGAGGCUCUGCCAAUUACAGCACUGACCUCUAUGGCUCCAAAGGCAUCUUCACAUGUGCCCCAAGGGCUGGCCUCAGUUUCUGUGAUGUCCCUGAGAUACCCUGUGGGGACGUGUAUACUGUGAUGGUCUCACCCGUUGCCGAAACAGGACUGAAACUUACUUUCUGUCCAAAAAAAAUAUAUUCAGUAACCUGCUCUGGAAGUACGCUUGGAAUGGUGAUUUACAGAGGGAAGAGCAAUGCAGAAUGACACAGCAAGCCCCAGAUAAAAACAGAGUUGACCAAG